UCCCACCCCGCGGACCGACGAGAGAAGCAGCCAAUCAGAGGGGGCAGCAUGCAGCGCAUUCGGAAGCGGAAGUGAGGUUUCCGUGGAGACAGCGGAGCCUGCGGAAGGCGGCGGCAGCGGCGGCGGCGGCAUCUGCAAGCCAAGGCCCAGGCAGGGCAUGGUGGCGCCGACGGCCUUGUAAGAGCGAAGUUACCGCGGGGCCCGCCAUGCGCCGGCGGCCCUGACAUGGGCGCCAGCGGCUCCAAAGCUCGGGGCCUGUGGCCCUUCACCUCGGCGGCGGGGGGCGGUGGCCCAGAGGCGGCGGUCGCUGAGCAAGCUUUGGUGCGACCGCGAGGCCGAGUCGUGCCCCCCUUCGUAUUCACGCGCCGCGGCUCCAUGUUCUAUGACGAGGAUGGGGAUCUGGCUCACGAAUUCUAUGAGGAGACAAUCGUCACCAAGAACGGGCAGAAGCGGGCCAAGCUGAGGCGGGUGCAUAAGAACCUGAUUCCUCAGGGCACCGUGAAGCUGGAUCCCCCCCGCAUCCACGUGGAUUUCCCUGUGAUCCUCUAUGAGGUGUGAGCCUGGGGGGUGGCAGGCAUAAACACCCCCUGCCCCAGCAAGACACCCCCAGGCUCAAGGUGUGGCUUCCAUUGAGGAACCUAGGCUGGGGCCACAACAGUGAAUAAACUCCACUGGCCUGGAACCUUCA